AACUAUAAUGCUUGAAGCGGUCAAUGCGUGCAUGCACACGCACGCGCACUGUGAGCUCGAUCCGUCGUCAUCGCCAUGGGCCGCAGUGCAAUAGCGGCGAUCGCGAUGGUGUUUCUGUCGCGAGGGAUUCAGGGCUUCGACAUGUUUCUCCUUGUUCUCGAGGCAGGCCAAGUCAAAAGUAUUCUGCAAAGAUCCUCCAUCAACCAGUGCUGCUACCCGCCGAGAUUCGCUGCCAAUUUUACGCUCCACGGCCUGUGGCCCGUCUCCAACGCCACAUCUCUUCCGGAGUACUGCGACUCCACGCCAUACAACGCCUCCCAGGUUUGCUCUUAUUAGAUCAGCGCUGCAUGAUACUUCCAGAUCGAUUGGCAACACAGAUUGCCGACUUGAUGCCCGAGCUUCGCUCGCGGUGGCCCUCUCUCACAUGCCCGCAGAGCAACGGCGACGAUUUCUGGGAGCACGAGUGGGAGGCCCACGGAAGCUGCGCCUUCGCGGAUGAUCACGACUACUUCGCCACGACGCUGCGGCUGCGGGACAUGAUCCACCCGCUGGCGGAUCUGGGCGCCGCCGGGAUCGUGCCCAAUGGGAGCAGCUACGCCGCCGACUCGAUCCUCCGCGCGCUGCACACGCGCACGAUUCUCGAGUGCAGCAGCAGCGGGAGCAGGGAUUACCCGCAGCUGUACCAGAUCUACUACUGCGUCGACAGGAACGCCACCGGAUUCGUGGAUUGCCCAGCCGUCUCGUCGGAGGGGUGUUCUUCGCGCGUCGCGUUUCUAGGGCUCCCCACUGAAUGAUUCAAGGAAUAUCCGCCCCGUUUAUUUUAUAGUAGUUAAUUAAUCAGUCUUUGCUCUUCA